UCAUAAGUUAAUAACUGAACAAAUAGGUAGCUACACCUACCCUUGGACUUGGGUAAAUAUCAACAAGGUUUAUUGCAGUGCGGCGCAAAUAAACAGCAGUGUUUAGCGCCGGCCAAGUUGGUAAGAAUGAGUGGAUUCUACGCAUCGACAUCACAUUCGGGCUGCGAGUUUGAAUAUUCAUUACAUAAUGAGCAAAUGAGCGUCGGCAAUCGGCCGCCGCCGACGCCGGUUGCUUUCACUCGCGGCGCUAUUAAUUACGAACAUGAUUGUGUUCGUUCGCGUCUAUUUACACAACUGUUUCGACUGCUAAAAGAUAAAGAAAUAAGUAAAGCGCUACAUGCCACUCCUAUCUUAUCGGGACCACUCUAUUGAUCACUCAUCAUUAUAUCGCGAACGGCCCGCCUUAUACGGACGACCGGACCACCUUUAUUGUCCAAUUUAACGUGUAGACGUGUACUCUUUUAUAGGCGCGAUGUUACCGGUGAAGUCAUAAUGUGUGCCGUAUAAAAAUAGAAAUACAGUGUUUGCAGGAAAAUAGUAUCAAUAACAAAAGUGUUGUGGUUUGUUAUCGAACGGAAAUGGCGGCCAAAUCGCCUACGACGAGCGUGAAGUUGCGAGAGAUGAUCGGAGGCGACCAGUUCAGUCAGCGGCGCGAGGUUUUCGACAAGCACGACAGCGCGUUCGUGCCGCUGCCCUCGCCACCCGCCGCGAUCACCACCAACCACGGGGCGACCACGAGCAACUUCAAGCGCAACACCGCCGGCUACUCCAGCAUGCGCGAGACGAGGAGCGAGGACCGCCACUACGACUUCCGGCCGCGCAAGUACUCCGACAACUUCACCUCCGAGCUCAACCAGAGCGACGAUGUCGACUACAGGUACAGCAUGGCCGAGAGAAACAGGCGGCUCUCCAAGCUGCGGCGGGACUUCCUCAAGUCCAACUUACACGAACCGGGAGAGGGGACGCUCACACGCAGCGGCGUCCGCGCCUCGUUACCGACUACCAAUACAGUGUCUUCAAUAAAGUAUAAAAUUGAAAAUAUAAACAUAUACAAAUUUCCAUUCGCCGAGCCGUACUCGACGCCGACGCCGACUAGACGUGUAGUUGUUGACUUAGGAUCGCCGACUGAUGAAGGUGCUAACAAAGAAAAUAGCACACCGUCUCCAGAUAAACCGAAACAUCAGAGUUUGCCGAAUGAAUCGCCUGGAUCGCCUAAAUUUGAUCACCAAAAGCUGUACGAGGAACUAGUGAAACGUUAUUCACCAACGCGCAAGCCUGUGAACUGGACUCUGCCACCGACGAGACCGAAAGUGGUCGGCUCAGUUCCUAAAUCCACUUCGAGUGCAGCCGAUAGCAUCGACAGCACUGAUAAGAAAUAUUCCGAAGCGUCUAACGCUGAUACGGACGAAGUUUUUGAGAAAAAAGAACAUGAAAUCAAAGUAAAUACACAAAGCCCUACGACUAAUGAAAAUGUAGAGCAAAACAGAGUGGAGGAUAUUAAACCCAAUAUCGAAAUACUACAUAACGGUCCCGAAGUUAGUGAAAAUGAAUAUGAACCCGACAAAAAAGAAAAUGUUAAGAAAGCCAAUGAUUCCAAAGUUUCCCUAUCUGAAUUAGAGGAGAACGACGUGGUUCCAGAACUGUCGACGUUCAAAAGACAACUAAGCAGAGAAUCUGCAAAGAAAAUUCCAGCCGAUAGUAAAAUUGUCGAUUUAACCAUUCCAGCGUUGUUAGAAAAAAUGGCAGAGGAGAGUGAACGAGCGCAAAACCAUAAAACCGAUGGGAAAAAAGUGAAGAGAAAGCGAAGUUUCUUAGACAAACUUUUAGGGCGUAACAAAGGAGUUAAAACGGAGAAAACAUCCAAAUAGCAACAAUAUUGGAACAUCACAGCCCUGCCAAAGAUUAUUUCAAGUUUGGAAGAACAAUGCAAGGAUGAUCGUAAGGUGGUUUUUUUAUUUAAUAA